AGAACUCGAUUAAGAGGGAGAUGGGAGUAUGAAGAAUUGCAUGCAGAGCACGGAUGUGCUCCCUGUGGUGGCAUCUCCUGCAGAUCUUACCUGGCAAUCUGCUUCUGCCUGGAAGGGUUUGAGAGGAAAUGCUGUGGAAAGCAAAGGAACCUGGAGAUGAAGGUGUUUCUUGAACUCUUCAGUGUGUCACAGAACUGUUGUGUUUUGCGAUAUCCUGCUUAAACCCUUGGAAGAAAAUCUGCCAACAGCCAGAAAUGACCUGAGUUGGAGAGUUGCUGCUUUAUCCCCAGGUAGACCAGCUUCCUGCCCUGUGUUUAGCAUCCCAUUUGGAUGCACCGUACACUAUGGUUCACAUCAAUGUGUUGAAAAAAUUGAUGUUUGUUCUCGUGGUGAUACUGGUAGCGCUGACAGUUUGCUUGUGGAGAGAGAUGAGAAGAAGCUACUAUGUUCCUUUCAAGACCGAGAAUGAUGAUUCGCAGGUUCACAGGACUUCGGAAAAGUGGAUCCCACUUAAAUCACAGGGCCUCUUCCAUGAAGCAGCCAGUGAACUGGGUCAGAUACCCAAAACAUGGUUUGGUAACCACAACAAAGUAAAAGGCAGCACCUCUGGAACAGCUGAAAAGUCCAAGAAAGCAGCAGACUCUGUGAAGGUAUGGGAUAAGGACAGCUCAUCCAGAAAUCUCAUACCCAGGUUGCAGAAGGUCAGAAAAAACUACUUGUCCAUGAACAAGUACAAUGUGACUUACAACGGGAAGAGGAACACUGCUAAACUCAGCCCAGAGAAGCUGCUCUGCCAGCUACGGGACAGGGUGAAUGUGAGCAUGAUACAGGGAUCGGAUGGUCCUUUUGAUACCUCUGAAUGGCAGCGAUACCUACCAGGGAAAAGCCUCAAUGAAACAGUGGGCCGCCUGGGUCGCUGUGCCGUUGUGUCCUCAGCAGGGUCUCUGAAAUCAUCUCAUUUGGGACAAGAGAUAGAUAGCCACGAUGCUGUUUUGCGAUUCAAUGGGGCUCCUAUCAAGGGGUUUCAAGAAGAUGUGGGGCAAAAGACAACAAUUCGUCUUGUGAACUCCCAGCUCGUAACUGUUGAGGAGCAGCAGUUCCUGAGGGAAGCACUAUAUAACACUGGAAUCUUAAUUGUCUGGGAUCCAGCACCAUAUCAUGCAGAAAUUGAUGAGUGGUACAGAAAACCAGACUACAACUUUUUUGAAAGCUAUAAGUUGUAUCGUAGUGCACAUCCAGAGCAGCCCUUCUAUAUCCUGAAUCCAAAAAUGCAGUGGCAACUCUGGGAUAUUCUGCAGGAGAAUUCCCUGGAGCAUAUUCAACCUAACCCACCAUCAUCAGGAAUGCUUGGCAUCGUGAUCAUGAUGACACUCUGUGAUGAAGUGGACGUGUAUGAAUUUCUCCCUUCUAAACGGCAGACGGACAUUUGCCACUAUUACCAGAAGUUUCACGACCGUGCCUGUACCAUGGGAGCUUACCACCCCCUCCUGUUUGAGAAAAACUUGGUGAAGCAUAUAAACCAGGGCACAGAUGAGGACAUUUAUAUUCAAGGGAAAGUUACUUUGCCCGGCUUCCGAAACGUGCAUUGCUAGCAGAUCAGUUUUUAGUGUCUUUCGGAAUUUUUCUUUAUUGUCAAAGCACUUUUUAAAUCAGAGUUGUCAGAUUUGUUAGGUCUAAGCACUGGUGUGUUUUGACAGCUCUUCCGUGUCGCAACACUUGCUCUUAGGACUUUGUUGCCUAACUUCUCCCAGCUGUAAGGCAGUGUUAAUACAUUGUGGUACAUCCACGCGGUAUCUGCAUGAGCCACUGCAAUAAAUUUACUCCCGGUGGAGCCAGGCUCAUGCAGCCAGUGGAUAUCUCUGUCUUCAUCUCAAUCAAUGAUGGUGUAUGGGAGGCGCAGGAGAUGCUUUCUAAGCAGAGAUUGCACAAGUCAGGAUCAAAUGCCGAAUAUGGUUUGGUUUGCUUCAAAGGGGUUAUGACAGCCAAAAACCUGGUCCAUUGAGAAACAAGAAAAAUAAUUUAAAACUUGUUCCCAAAGUCCUAGGAGCUCUUUGGAGCAGGGCUGAUUUAUGGAAACACUGUCAAAGCUGUGUACCGAUAAGCUAAACCCCUAGACCAAAAUAUUUGAUUUUUAUAAACAGUUUGUAAAAUAACCAUGGCAACUUCCUUUCGAAUUGUAAGACUUCUGAAACCAUUCAGGUGGCAUUUUUGGCAAAGGAAGAGGGAAGCAAUUCACAAUUCAGUGAUUCUUGUGAGAAUUUUUAAUAUUUUUACUUUUUUUUUAAUUACUUGAAAUAAAUUUUAGUGAACGUUUACUCCUCCAGUACAGUGCUGUGCUUGGUACAGAAGAAGCCUUAUUUCAGAAGCAUUUUGGGGAAGAUGCUCCAAGGCACAAAUGGGAGAACUCACUGGAAUUCGGUACCUCUUUCUAGCUCUCUGCUGGUCUACCUUUGCAAUUGUUGGCAAAUUACUUGCUGGCUCAUCUCCAGUAACAGAAAUACCAGAUAGCUGCUACUAGGUGAGUUCCAGUUUUCUGCAAGUGAACCAAGGUGAUCUCUCGGCUGCUGUGUGCUCUUUCUGAAUAGGUGGGGAGCAGAUGCAUCGCUUCCAUGCUUCAUGAGGGGUGGGCAGGGAGAGUGUGCGUGCUUCUCAUGCUCUCUCUCUUGG